UCUCCUCCUCCCUCUUCCUCCUCUGCUUCCUCCUCCUUCCCACCUUCACCCACAUCUCACUCCCUCCCCUCCCUACUCUCUCUGACCACCCAUCCUGGUCUCUCUACUGACAAGUGAGGCAGUGAAUUGGAUUUGACUGCUGCGACCGGCCCACAGCUGAUGCAGAAGCCUCAUUUGGUUCAUCUCUUGGCCUAGCUUAAUUUCUCCGGGCCCUAGAUCAUGGCUACAGCCCAGAUCCCACCCCCACCCCCCUCAGGUGGUAGUAUUGCUACGAGGCUGUCGGCCAGCGAGGAGGUGCAGGAGUAUGAGAAGAUCCUGAGAAUAAGUGACGAUAUAUUUUCUGGAACUCACCCUAGAUUGAAGGUGCCCCAGCAGUUUGUUCGCAAGCCGGCCGCUCGACCGCCCACGGCCGCGGCCUCCACGCCAGCUCAGGUAAAGACGGCCGACCAGCUGAAGACCUCCCCAAAGACUCAACCCCCUCCCGCGCCGUCGGCGCCCAAGUCCGCGACCUGGCAGGCUCCCACCACCGGGAGUGUCCCUUCCAGCGCCACCGGGCCGUCGCGUAUGGUUCCAAAGCCUGCCUCGGAGAUUGAUCCCAUCUUCCUGACCAAGUCGGAUGAUCUGGUCCGGGCAGAGCUACAACUGCAGCGGCAGCGGGUGGAGCGAGUGCUGCGGGAACAGCUGGAGCAGAAGAGGCAGGAGUCGAGGCAGAAGGCCUCGCUGCAGGACGCGAAGCCGGACUUUGACGUUUCCGAUGUGCUGGUGAAGGCCUUUGAAAUGGUCAACCCAUCUCCGUCCGCGGAAGUGCCUGCCCCUGGCGAGGGCAGUGACUCCUUUGACGAGAAUUCGUUCUACUCCAGUAGAGCCCCAGACUCCCCGCCCCAUGGCCAUCCACCAAAACAGUCCCCGGUGCCUCAGUCUAACUCCGAGGAACUUGCUACUGAAGCCCCAGCAGAAAACUAUUCAGAUGAGUUGCAUCGGCUUGAAGCCCUCAACAGAACUGGAUCGGAUCAGGAUGUGCAAGAUACUUACCCCGUGGCAGACCACCGAUUACCCUACCAUCAUCAGAGGCAGCCGCGCCGUGGUGAGACGGAGCUUCCGGCUCGCAGAUACCAAGAAACCCACCCGCCGACCGACGCGUUCGAAGAACCAGAGUACUCGCCUCCGGCUCCCGGGGUAGCGCCGAUGGAGAGGGAAGAUAACCAUGGGUUCCAGAGGGGAUAUCCAACCGGCACAAAGCGAAGAGCGCCCGAGGGGCGGCCACAAGAGCGGACCCGCCAUGCCCGCAUGUCACUCUCACCGGGAGACGACGUAAGGAUUGUGCGAAAUCACAUAACCUCACCUGCCGCUCCACAGCCGUCCAGAGUCUCCCCGCUUGCCAUUGCCAAGGUGCCUUCGGUUCAUCAGGUCAAAGACUCCGGCCCGGACUACGGUCCGGGGCGGCCCUCUAGCCCCGAGGCUCCUAGCCAGCCGUUGACGUCUAGGAAACGUAGGAGACUGCAAGAUGAGCGGGAUCGGACUCGUCCCUCGUAUACUAGAGCGCAAGCACCAGACAGAAUGGAGGAGUCGGUCAUCAAGGCAGAGCCUGUUUCGCCGCCACCGUUUGCAGAUACUCCACAUGCUUACAGAACCCGUCAACCUCAGGAAAAACCUGUGUACAUCGACAUUGCCUCGCCCCGAUACACUCCCGUGCUCGAGCGGAGAGAGCCCCCGAUCCGAGAGCCGGCCUACGAGUAUGAGAUUUACGACCCUCACGGCGAUCCGGGCGUCCCGCGGACCGUCUCCAGACUCAGUGCCAGACGUCCGGGGCGGGAUGAUCAAGACCUGCGGCGAGUCGCGAGCCUCCAACAUCAAGCCCGGCAGCCCGAAUAUGCGCGUGAAUAUAUUGACCAAGCCAGUCCCCAGUCGAUCCGGGCCGGGUCUUACGCGAUUGUCGAGCGUCCCCCGCCAGGGUUCAGGUAUUAUGAUGAGCUAGCCCCGCCCCCGGUGAGACGCUAUAUCCCGGCGGGAGAAUCGCCCUCGUCCCCGCGACUGCGCGAGACCUACUAUGAAGAAGAGCCUCCAAUACGGAUCAUGGCCCCGCCAGCCCGGCGGAUUGUGAUCGACGAGCAUGGCAAUCAGUGGUACGAGACGGUGCCUGCCCCCCGGAUGCAGGCCAUGCCUCCCCCCUCGAGCCGGAUCCCGCGCGGCGACGUGUACGACGACCAGGCUGCGUUGCGCCAUGCCAGCGUGCGGGCCGCAUCUGUUCUGGAGGACCCGUAUGGCGGUCGAAGGUACGUGCAGGAAAUGCCACCUCCACAAGCGGCUUAUCGACGGGUCGCCGACUACGCUCGGCCGGCCCCCAGUGAACGGCGGGCGUACGCGACGCCGCUGGACGAACGCGAGCCGUUCCCCCGUAGUGCCAGCGUCCAGGUGGGCGAAUAUGCGGCACGGCGUCCGACGUACCUCGACGAGGCGGAGCUUCCCCGGGAGCGGAUCGUGAGGGUGCCAAGCGUGCGGCCGUACGAAGAGCCGCGCGAGGUGAUCCAGCGGGUGGAAAGCGUGCGGCCGGGCGGGCGCGAUGUGAGUGUGUACGUGGAUGACGGGACGCGGCAGCCAAGAGAGUACAUCGAGCGGCCCGUGUAUGUGUCUGCGCGUCCUCUGGCCCGGGAAGAGCGGUACUAUGACCCGAGCAACCCGGAGCGGGUCGUGCUCGAGGGGGGGAGGGAUGUAGUCCACCGACUUCCCCAGCGCUACUGAUGCUGAAACUGAACCUCUGGUCUGACGAACAUUUUGUUUUCAUUCCCCCCUUCGUAUACUGUUGUGACUUUUUUUGUUUUUGUCUCCUUCUGAUGUACCUAAAAGCGACCGAAGAUCCUGUAUCAUACUAGGAUAGCACCUACUACCUAUUAUUACUACGAUAUGGGGGGGGAGGAAACCCACCAGAUUUUGAU